AUGGAGGCAACAUUCAUUUACGCUAUCAUCGCGGGCUCUAUUUUUCUUCUUCUUAUAAUUCUGAAACUCUGGCAGAUGCUACUUCCAUGGCAAUCGACUUUGAAAAGAGCUUUCGCACGUCAUAUCACAUACCCAUACGUACUUCAACGUCAUCGUUUAAUGGGGCCAUGGAGUCGAGGAAUCGUUUUUAUCCAUAUAGCUUACUUCGUGAGCCAUGUAGUUAUCAUCCUUUUCCAAGACCGAUCUUUAGUAAAUAUUAGAGCUCGUGCCGGGGUCCUAUCCCUGGUCAACCUGAUACUUCCGCUGAGCGCGAUUCAUCUCAGUUAUCUGGCGGACAUUCUCGGAUUAUCCCUUCGAAAUUAUCGGCGUCUUCAUCGCUCAGUGGCCUGGAUGUGUAGCGGACUACUUCUUAUUCACGUUGGGGCCUCAUUUUUGGAGGGCACAGCGAAUGUUACCACAAGCAGAUCACAAGGCUGGUCUCAUGGUGGUUCUGGCGUGGGGCUCUUGAUGUUAUUUUCUCUUCCCGCUGUCCGAAAGCUUUCUUAUGAGAUCUUCCUCCGUCUACACCAAGCCCUUGCCGUACUGAGUUUCUACGGGAUUUGGCAGCAUGUGCCCGCAACACAUCUUUUUCCACGGCUCUAUGUGUACCUGAUUCCAGGUAUCUGUGCAUCUACACUCACACUACAAGUUGUCAACCUACUCUAUCGGAAUGGUCUGUUCUCAGGCCGCGGCUUACCCCGCGCAAUCCUAUGCUGCAAUUCGGCUGCUACGAUUCAAAAUGCCGCAAUUAGGAUCAAGCUCACACUUCCCCGGCCAGUGAAGGUGCUGCCUGGGCAGUACAUCAAUAUUUGGUUUCCAUCCGUCAGCAUGUCUUCUUGGAUACAGACUCAUCCAUUAACAAUCACCUCCUGGGCUCCCGGAAAGCAAGAGGCCCUUGAGUUAUUAUUGCAUCCUCGGAACGGUCAAUCUUCCUCUAUUUAUCGGCAAGUGCGGGCUCUUGAAGUAAGGGAAUCUUUGUCUCUGGUGGCUCUAUGGACUGGGCCACACGGCAUCAGCGUGUCUGUGGGCAGCUACGAGAAUGUUAUCCUUGUAGCCAGCGGCCCCGGUUUGGCGGCGGUAAUCCCCUAUGUUUCGAUGCUGAUACACGGCCACAACACCUGCACCAUGAAUGUACGGCGAGUUCAUCUGAUCUGGCAGGUCAAAGAACUUGAUUUUGCGAUAUCCUCCGAGCAUCUCCUCAAUGGGCUAUUAGAGGACGAUGUACUUGAUAAUGGCUAUAUCCUAAUCAUCUCAAUUUACAUCGAGGGCUUACUUCAAGACCAUAAUAGCCUACUCUUUGGCCGCCAUGACCGAGCCUUUCUAUACCAAGGUCUUCCAGAUUAUAGAUCCAUCAUCGAUUUCGAAGCUUCAGGGGAAGCGAUAUCAAAAUUUUCUACCGUUAGAGAUGAACAUGGCAAGACACUUAUGAUGGUCUCGUCCGAGGAUCGCACACGAGAUCAUAUCAGGAGUUUGGUGACUCGCUAUCUGUCGACCGGCGUUAGCAUGGUGGAAAUGGAAUAUCAGCCUUAA